UCUCAGCUGUUUACUUUCAUUUUAGACAUAACCAACUGACCCCGGAUUUCCACCGACUACGGAGUUAAUAGGUUUGCAGUACAGUCAAUGUGUGUAUUUUCACCGACUGUGGAGCAGAUCCGCAGAACUUUAGCACAGAGCAGAGUGUCCAGGACGAGUCGAGCACUGAAACAAAAUAAAACACACCAUGUUCUCGUGAAUUCAGCUGUCAGUCAAACCCGGACCUGGUGGUGUUGAAGUUCCUCCGUUUUCCUCUUGUACCAUGGGUGUGGCAGACGAACUGUGUGAAGAGCUCUUCCGUUGGAUUGAUCAGCAGGAGCGAUGUGCAGAUCAUCUCAAGGCUUUGGCCACCGAGCUGGAGGACAUGAGGGAGGCGAUGACUGCAGGCCAGUUGGUGGGAAACACAGCUACUGUGCUUGGGUCUGCCGCUCUUGUUGGGACAGGCAUUGCAACAAUUCUGACUGGAGGCCUGGCUUUACCCUCGCUGGCACUGGCAGCUGGAAUCACAGUCGGAGCGGGUACUGCAACUAGUCUUAUACUUACGCUUGUGGAGAAAUGGAAAUCUAGUGAAACAAUGAAAAAUGCAGAGAAAACUGCUGACAAAAUCUGGCAGAUUCAGAAGAAUAUCGAAAGGCUCAAGGAGAAACUCCAGAAGGAGUGUGAGAGUGAAGGGUUUGAGGUGUCAUCCUCCGAUGACGUGCAGUGUGAAAUCACAGCGAGGAUCCUGAGAGCCUUGGCCAAACGCAGUGGUAGAGAUCUGCCCCUCAGUCGCCUAAGACACCUCUUGAGAAGUGAUGGCCUGUAUACAAAUCACACAUAUCUAGGGUUUUAUAUAGACUUUGCAUUCUUCCGCACGAUCGGUUCUUUCAUAGCAUACCUUGGAUAUUCUGCCAUCUUUCUGAAAACAGCAGCAACAAAAGGACAAAAAUAUUAUGCUCCACUUCUUGUGAAAGUUACUAAAGAAAUGGCUGAUGUUUCACUGAAAGCGGUGUUAAAGGGAACAGGCCAGGCCGCAGGAGGAAUCUUUGGGCUGAUAUUAACAUUUCCUGAUCUGAUUGAUAACUGUGAAGAACUGAUUAAAAACAAACAUCAGACUGAAGCUAGCACAUAUCUGAAGACAAAAGCUAAAGAAAUCCUUGAGACUGUGAAGAAAUUAAAAAAGCCAUUGAAUGAAUUGCAAGAGAUGCUCAAUCAAAUCCCUGAAAUGGAGUGUCACAUUGAUUUGGCUCAGGAGAUGUUUGGAUCUCAAAUAUACACACGAGGCACCAUCUGUAUGGAGUAUACACAGAGCCAAAAGCAGGACACGAAGACACAGGAGUUUAUUCUCCUAUGCACAAAAGACAUAGGAGUAACUAAGAAUUGUUCCACAGGAAAACACAAAUCGGGUGACAACAAGAACAAAAGACGGAAGAAGGAGGCUACUUCAACUAUAGACAGGAGUCUUAACCAGGAGAGGAAACUUGCUUUUCUGAGGAAACCACCACACAAGUCUAAAACAAAAGUAAAGAAAUUUCAGUUCCGCCUUCCUAAAAUAAUGAUGUCUAAUGUGCGUUCUCUUCCGAACAAAAUAGAGGAGCUCCAAGAAAUGAUGGAAGAUGUGGAAAACAUUAAUUCCGAUCUGAUGUUCUUCACAGAGACAUGGUUGAACAGGAACUCGCCCAGCAUUAGCUUCGAGGGAUAUAGGUCUUACCGGGUUGAUCGUGAUGCACGGCUGACUCAGAAACGUAGAGGAGGGGGAUUGAUGGUGCUUGUGAAUGAGGCCUGGGCGACUGAUGUGGAGGUGGAAAACAUCAUUAUAACUCCUGAUUAUGAGUUAAUGGUCGUGUCCAUUAGACCACAUGACCACCCUGAGGAUGCGCCACCACUUACCUUCAUCCAUGUGUAUAUCCCUCCAGGAACUAAUAUGAGUCAAGCCGCCAGAGACAUCGCUGGUGUUUACUAUGAUGUUCUGGAGCAGUAUCCUGGUGGUCCUGUUUUCUUGUUGGGUGAUUUCAACCGCUGUGACAUCACUCAUCUCUUAGACCUGGAGCAAUACAUCACAUGCCCAACCAGAUACAGUAACACCCUGGAUCAGUGCUAUGGGAAUGUGCCAGGGGCUUAUAGAUCUGAAUGCAGUCCCCCGCUUGGCCGGUCAGACCACAAUGUCAUUCAUUUGAUUCCUAAAAAGAAGUCGGAUGGAAGUGACCCUUCCAAAGAUGAGAAGUGUACACAUGACAGUACCAAAUCCAGAAAGCAAUGAGAGGCUGUGCAGCAGUUCUCUGUUGUUGUCACGUAGCACCAGGGUUUAGUUCCACUGUGUGCUGCGCUACUAUAUGACAGCUUGUUUUGUCCUAUAGAUGUAGGACAGUCUAACUACUUUCAAUGAACUUACUGAGUAUAAAAAGUCAUUGAGAAAGAAGGCGACAGGAUUAUAGUCAGAAAUGGUCUGAAAACUGGCACAACAAUGAGGAACAACAUGUGGAAAACGAAUUCUCCUUUGAAUGAAAAAAAUUAAAUGCUUGAUAUACUUUUACCCUGUUAGCCCACACCAGAAAGUGGGCAUCCUGAACGCCUCUCAACUCGCACGUGUCAGUGUUUAUGAAUAGAUAAAAUGAAAUGGGCCAAAUUUAAUCUCGACAAACUAUGUAUCAUUAUAAAGAUAUAAGCCUCAAGCAUUGACGACAGAUCGCUGUUUUUCAAUGGCAAGCUUAUAAAGACUGUAUUUGCUACAUUUGUGUAAGCAGUACACAUACAAACAUGAACAUUAGAAACGCUGUACAUACCAGAUCCGUCGUAAUAACGAGUCAUAAACACAUCCAGAGCUGUAAACCCCGGAUUAGUUAGAAAGAUAAGGGUCCACUGAACGACAUCUCAUGAAGCACGUUUAGUCCAACGAAGCAAUAACGUUGUAAUAUGGAUCAUAAUUCCUUUGUUUACGUUUCAUUUCUUCAGCGACAGAAUUGUUUGCGUCCGUUAUGGAAUAACUCACGGUCAGAAACUGCGUCUUGGUAGUAAAAACACGGCAUGGUUUUGCAGCGUACAGUGUCACAAACAGAAUGAGGCGAUCCACCGGAAAAAAGAAUGAAUUAAAGAUAUGCGAAAGAUUGUUUAUUUGAUUUUGGCGCUCCCUCGUGACGCGCUCUGACGCACCUGUCAGCUGAUGGAGGCGGAACUUACAGCGAUCGCUUUUUCCUUUCUUUCUUUUAUUUUUAAACAGUUUUUAUAUAUGUGAGAGUGUGUUUUAUGUUGAAUGUGAAUGUAUCUGCAUGAUUACCAUCUGUUUGAGCGCAAAUCAGCCCAAAUCAGCUCGCUAUUACAGUAUGAUCACGGCUAUCAAAGUGAACGCGUCUAUAUGAAUAGAGAGAGUGGAUUAUUUACUUUGUGUUAUUACCAUCUGUAUAAGUGGCCAUCAGCAAUUAUUUGCAUCGUAAUUCAUUGUAAAUGCUGCAUUUCUAGCAAUCUCACGAUUUUCUGUAAUUGGCAAACAAAGUUAAAUCUUUUUUUUUAUUUUUCUUAUUAUUCUUAUUUUUCUUACUCAAAUUAUUCUUAUUUUAAUUUUCUAGUGCUCAAAUAAAUCAUUUAUAUGA